AUGAAAACGCCGCCGGGCGCUUCUAGUCGGGCAAAAUGCAGCCGAGAACUCCGCUCCUCCUGUGCGUUCUCCUGUCCCAGCGCAGCGCCGAACAGGGGGAAGCGCAGCUCCGGUCCGGAUUGCGGGCUGCCGGGCUGGAGAGGCCGGCCUGGCAUCGCCGACUUCCCGGGGCGCCCGGGCCCCCUCGCCCAGCCCCGCGGCGCGCAGGAAGGCGCCUCCCGCCAGCCCAGCGCUGCAGCCCGGCUGCUGCUGUCGCUCAAAGGCGCCGACCCUGGCCGCGCCCGCAUCGGGGUUCUUUUCCUCCCCGACCUCGGGCCCAGAGCGCGUCCUCCCCCGCCCCCCGCCAGGACGCAGGCCCCAGCCCCCCGCGCCCCCUUUGUGCAGCCAGCUGGAGCCCCGGCUCGGAGCCCCGACUGCCGCCUCUGCUGCCUUCCCGGGCGGGCGCGGAGCGCAGAGAAAAGUUCAAGCCUUGCCCACCAGGGCUGCAGCUGCCUGUUAACCCUCGGAGCGCUGAGGCGCGAGGGAAGGACCGGGGAUCCGGGAGAAGGCGGGGGGGUGCGGUGCGACCGAGACGUGAUUGUCCAGCUGCCGCCUCUGGAUCUCCAAGAUCUCGGGAAGUUUGUGUGCAGGAAAGCAUACUCCGAGGAGGCCCGACCGGAGGGCGACAUUCUCGCCUACAUCAAGUGGGGUAACUUUGAUUCGCCUCCUCCUCGGUGGCUCAUGUAUCGGAGAAAAGACUCAGUUGGAGGCGACUCCAGCGGAAUCGUGGUUUCCCCAGCCAGCGCCGAACAGGGGAAGCGCCAGCUCCGGUCCGGAUUGCGGGCUGCCGGGCUGGAGAGGCCGGCCUGGCAUCGCCGACUUCCGGGCGCCGGGCCCCUCCUUAGCCCCGCGGCGCGCAGAGCUCCGCCAGCCCAGACGCUGCAGCCCGGCUCAUGCUGUCUGUCUCAAAGGCGCCGACCCUGGCAGCGCCCGCAUCGGAGAGUUCUUUUCCUCCCCGUACUGGAGCCCAGAGCGCGUCCUCCCGCCCCGAACCAGGGACGAGGCCCCAGCACGCCCCCGCCUUGUGCAGCCAGCUGGAGCCCCGGCUCGAGACCCCGACUGCCGCCUCUGCUGCCUUCCCGGAGCGGGCAGCGGGAGCUGCAGAGAAAAGUUCAAGCCUUCCACCAGGGCUGCAGCUGCCUGUUAACCCUCGGAGCAGCCGAGGCGCGAGGAAAGGACCGAGGGAUCCGGGAGAAGGCGGGGAGGUGCGCGUGCGACCGAGACGUGAUUGUCCAGCUGCCGCCUCUGGAUCUCCAAAGAUCUCGGAAGUUUGUUGUGCAGGAAAGCAUACUCCGAGGGCCGACGGAGGUGCAGGCCGCUGAGGGCUCCGCCCAGACCAUUCUGGGGCCUGUGGUUUCUGAGAGAGUGCUGCUGCUAACAUCUGCAGAAGAUUUGGACUGCACGCCUGGAUUUCAGCAGAAAUUGUUCCAUAUCGAUCAGCCGGCUCAGUUCAUUGAGGACCAGGCGAUUCUAAACCUGACCUUCAAUGACUGCAAGGGAAAUAACAAGCUACACUAUGAGGUCUCAAGCCCAUACUUCAAGGUGAACCAUGACGGCAGCUUGGUUGCUCUGAAAAACAUAAGUGCAGUGGGCAAGACUCUGUUCGUCCACGCCCGGACUCCCCAUGCAGAAGACAUGGCAGAACUCGUGAUUGUCGGAGGGAAAGACAUCCAGGGCUCCUUGCAGGAUAUAUUUAAAUUUGCAAGAACUUCUCCUGUCCCAAGACAAAAGAGGUCCAUCGUGGUAUCUCCCAUUUUAAUUCCAGAGAAUCAGAGACAGCCUUUCCCAAGAGACGUUGGCAAGGUAGUCGAUAGUGACAGACCAGAAGGGUCUAAGUUCCGGCUCACUGGAAAGGGAGUGGAUCAAGAGCCUAAAGGAAUUUUCCGAAUCAAUGAGAACACGGGCAGUGUCUCUGUGACAAGGACCUUGGACAGAGAAACGAUCGCUACUUAUCAACUCUUUGUGGAGACCACUGAUGUCAAUGGCAAAACUCUCGAGGGGCCGGUUCCUCUGGAAGUCAUCGUGAUUGACCAGAAUGACAACAGACCGAUCUUUCGGGAGGGCCCCUACAUUGGCCAUGUCAUGGAAGGAUCACCGACAGGGACCACAGUGAUGCGGAUGACAGCCUUUGAUGCCGAUGACCCGGCCACAGAUAAUGCCCUUCUGCGGUACAAUAUCCGUCAGCAGACGCCUGACAAGCCGUCUCCAAACAUGUUCUACAUCGAUCCUGAAAAAGGGGACAUCGUCACCGUCGUGUCACCUGCCUUGCUGGACCGAGAGACUCUGGAAAACCCCAAGUAUGAACUGAUCAUCGAGGCUCAAGACAUGGCCGGACUGGAUGUCGGAUUAACAGGCACGGCCACAGCCACCAUCAUGAUCGAUGACAAGAACGAUCACCCCCCAAAGUUCACCAAGAAAGAGUUUCAAGCCACCGUCGAGGAAGGAGCCGUGGGGGUUAUCGUCAACCUGACAGUGGAAGACAAGGACGACCCCACCACGGGCGCAUGGAGGGCUGUCUACACCAUCAUCAACGGAAACCCUGGGCAGAGCUUCGAAAUCCACACCAACCCUCAGACCAACGAGGGCAUGCUGUCCGUCGUCAAACCUCUGGACUACGAGAUCUCCGCCUUUCACACCCUGCUGAUCAAAGUGGAAAACGAGGACCCGCUGGUACCCGACGUCUCCUAUGGCCCCAGCUCCACGGCCACCGUCCACAUCACUGUCCUGGAUGUCAACGAGGGUCCGGUUUUCUACCCGGACCCCAUGAUGGUGACCAGGCAGGAGAACAUCUCUGUGGGCAGCGUGCUCCUGACCGUGAAUGCCACGGACCCAGAUUCCCUGCAACAUCAAACCAUCAGGUAUUCCGUUUACAAGGACCCAGCCGGCUGGCUGAAUAUCAACCCCAUCAAUGGGACCGUUGACACCACGGCAGUGCUGGACCGUGAGUCGCCAUUCGUCCACAACAGCGUGUAUGCUGCCCUCUUCCUGGCAAUCGACAGUGGCAACCCUCCCGCUACAGGCACCGGGACUUUGCUGAUCACUCUGGAGGAUGUCAACGACAACGCCCCCUUCAUCUACCCCACGGUGGCUGAAGUCUGUGAUGAUGCCAAAAACCUCAGCGUAGUCAUUUUGGGAGCAUCAGAUAAGGACCUUCACCCAAAUACAGACCCUUUCAAAUUUGAGAUCCACAAACAAGCCGUUCCUGACAAAGUCUGGAAGAUCUCCAAGAUCAACAAUACGCACGCCCUGGUAAGCCUCCUCCAAAACCUGAACAAAGCCAACUACCACCUGCCCAUCAUGGUGACUGACUCAGGGAAACCGCCCAUGACGAACGUCACAGACCUCAGGAUACAAGUAUGCUCCUGCAAGAACUCCAAAGUGGACUGCAAUGCGGCGGGGUCCCUGCACUUCAGCGCGACCUCGGUCCUGCUCGCCUCUCUCUUCAGUUUGGCUUGUAAGUAG